CAGAGAGAGAGAGAAAACCAAGGGGAGAUUCUUUUCUCCUUUCCUCAGAGUAGACUGAUGUUCAAGAGCCAGCCUUUCCGGCAAUACCCAGUUGCUAUAUCAUCCUACGUUCUUGCCUUUUCCUUUCCUGCAUAGUCUUUUCAUUAUUGCACAGGCUGUCACCCUCCUAAGAAAAAAUGCAUCUGAAAAACUCUAUACCCAGAUCAAAUCAAGCCUUAGAAACCAGUUAUUGAAGCAUUUCUGAGAUGGGUCUCUGUUAUUUUCAUUGACAAUUGAGGUAUGUAUGUGGCUAUUACCUCGAUGGGCCUAUGCGUUUUUUUAUGAUCAUUUACUGAGUCCUUUUGCCAUUGUUUCUAGAGGAUCACCAACUGUUUGUGCUUAAACCAGAAAAACAGAGAAGUAAUAGAUAAAAAGGGGAGUUUUAAGGUCUUUUUGUGUCGGAAUGAGGGAUUUUCCUUCUUGUUUUGGGGAAAAUGGGGUUCAGGUUGCUGAUUUCUCAUCAUCAAGUACCACAAAUAAAGUUGCUCAGAAUUUGGUCAAUUGUGUAUAUCAAUGUCGAUUACGAGGCAAAUCAUGUUUGAUUUCUGUUACAUGGAGUAAGAAUUUGAUGGGUCAAGUUCUUAGUGUUGGUAUUGAUGAUAGCACCAAUCAAUGCCUCUGUAAGGUUGACAUAAAGCCGUGGUUGUUCUCUAAGAAGAAAGGGUCAAAGAGUUUAGAAGCAGAUUCCCACAAAGUUGACGUUUAUUGGGAUCUUUCUUCAGCAAAAUUCGGAUCCGGGCCUGAGCCAUUGGAGGGAUUCUACUUGGGGGCUGUCUAUGAUCGGCAAAUGAUUUUACUUCUUGGGGACAUGAGGAAAGAGGCUUUUAAGAAAACAAGUGCCACUCCUGCUUCGUUUAAUUCUGUUUUCAUUGCCAAGAAAGAACACAUUUUUGGUAAGAAGAUAUUCAGCACCAAGGCUCAGUUUUGUGAUAAUGGAAAAGUGCAUGACCUUGUGGUUGAGUGUGAUACAAGUGGCUCCAAUGACCCGUGCCUGGUGAUUCGCAUAGAUAGCAAGACUAUGAUGCAGGUGAAGCGGCUCCGGUGGAAGUUUCGUGGAAACCACACCCUCUUGGUUGAUGGCCUUGCAGUGGAAGUAUUUUGGGAUGUUCACAAUUGGCUCUUUGGUACAUCACCCGGAAAUGCAGUUUUCAUGUUCCAGACCAGCCUUUCAGCUGAGAAGUUAUGGGCCAGCCAACCCCUCUGCGAUCCCCAUACACUGCAUUGGUCCUGGUCUCAGAGAUUUCAAGAUUCCCAAACACAGUGUCUUGGUUUCUCACUUACUUUGUUUGCUUGGAAGAAUGAAUAGAAGAGUCUAGGGCUGUUCAUUGAUUUCUAACAAGUACUUUUACUGAGCUAAGAUUUUUAUUAGCCAUGCAAUUUUAUUAUACUUGAUUAUAGUUGUGUUCAGUUGUUUUUCCUUGUAAUUUUUACCCGAGUAGCUCUAAACAAUUUGAGGAGAUUAGCG